AGGAGAUGUCGCUGCAAGAGGGAGGGGAAGUUAUUUUGAUUCAAGAUUUCAAGCACACAUCAAUUUAACAAAAUGAUGUAAAUGGAUAAAUCAUUUAUAAUAAAUACUGUGAUAUUCAGAAAUAAAGAUAAAAAGAUUUGGCAAAUUUGGUUUCAUUGUGACUUUAAGGAACAAUAAUUCUGUCUUGCUUCUCUCUAACUUAUAGUUUCCGAGACUGAUUAAACACAAUGUGUGUGGGAACACCCAUGAAAACUAAAAUCUUAGCAGGAAUGAGGAAGCUGCUUUACAGACACGCCUGUUUUACACACGUCACUCAAACACAGAACCAGGAAACAGGAAUCACAUGAGUUCAGAGAAAGAGAAACUGAAGUGUAGUUGAGCUGUUGUGUGUUUGUGUCUCUGUGUUCAUGCAGUAAAAUGGCAGAAGCCAAAAUUUCUCAGGAUGAGUUCAUGUGUCCAGUGUGUCUGGAUCUCCUGAAGGAUCCAGUGACCAUCCACUGUGGACACAGUUACUGUAAGAUCUGUAUUACAGGCUGCUGGGAUCAGGAGGAUCAGAUGAGAGUCUACAGCUGUCCUCAGUGCAGACAGACCUUCAGUCCAAGACCUGCUUUAGCUAAAAACACCAUUCUGGCUGAAAUGGUGGAGAAACUGAAGAAGAUUAAACUUCCUGCUGACUGUUACGCUGGAGCUGGAGAUGUGCAGUGUGACGUCUGUACUGGAAGAAAACACAAAGCCGUCAAGUCCUGUCUGGUGUGUCUGGAGUCUUACUGUCAAACUCAUUUUGACCGUCAUGAGGAAUUUCACUCACGUAAGCCACAUAAAGUGACUGAAGCCACUGGACGACUGCAGGAGAUGAUCUGCCCGAAACACGACAAGCUCCUUGAGGUUUUCUGCCGCACUGAUCAGAAGUGUAUAUGUCUGCUGUGUACGAUGGAUGAACAUAAAAAUCACGACACUGUAUCAGCUGCAGCACAGAGGACAGAGAAACAGCACCAGCUGAAGGAGACGCAGAGGUGUUUCCAGCAGAGGAUCCAGCAGAGAGAGAAAGAUCUUCAGCAGCUCAGAGAGGCUGUGGAGUCUCAUAAGCGCUCUGCACAGACAGCAGUGGAGGACAGUGAGAGGAUCUUCACUGAGCUCAUCCGCUCCAUUGAGAGAAGCCGCUCUGAGGCCACACAGCGGAUCAGAGAUCAGGAAAAGACUGCAGUGAGUCGAGCUGAAGGACGACUGGAGCGACUGGAGCAGGUGAUCGAUGAUCUGAGGAGGAGAGACGCUGAGCUGGAGCAGCUUUCACACACACAAGAUCACAUCCAUUUCCUGCAGAGUUUCCAGUCUCUCUCAGCUCCUCCUGAAUCUACAGACGUAAAUGACGAUCCCUUCAGUUCUCUCUCCUCUUUUGCUGUUGUGAGAGAAUCUGUCCGUCAGCUGAGAGACAAACUGGAGGAUUUCUGCAAAGAGGAGCUGAAGAAGAUCUCUGACAGAGUCACUUUCACCAACAUUGUUCCCAGAACCAGGAACAACUUCCUACAAUAUUCUCAUCAGCUCAAUCUGGAUCUGAACACAGUGAAUGAAGGCCUCCGUCUGUCUGAGUGGAACAGAGUGAUUACUAACACUGACACCGUCCAGCCGUAUCCUGAUCAUCCAGACAGAUUUGAUCAGUGGUGUCAGGUGUUGUGUAGAGAGAGUGUGUGUGGACGCUGUUACUGGGAGAUUGAGUGGAGUGGAGAUAAUGGUGUAUAUGUAUCAGUGUCAUAUAAGAGCAUCAGCAGGAAGGGACGGGGUAAAGAGUGUUUCUUUGGAUGUAAUGAUCAGUCCUGGAGUUUGAUCUGCUCUUCCUCCAGUUACUCAUUCAGACACAAUAACAUAUGGACUAAACUCCCAGUAAAGUCCAUCAGCAGGAGAAUAGGAGUGUAUGUGGAUCACAGGAGAAUAGGAGUGUAUGUGGAUCACAGUGCAGGAACUCUGUCCUUCUACAGCGUCUCUGGAGACACAAUGAGCCUCAUCCACACAGUCCAGACCACAUUCACUCAACCGCUCUAUCCUGGAUUUAGGGUUUGUUAUAAAUCAUCAGUGAAACUGUGUUGAUGAAUCAGAAUAGACUGUAGAGAGAUUCUACCCAUAAUGCUUUGAGCUCAUGAUGAAUCAGUAACAGUGAG